AUGCACCUGCUUAUGGAUGGAGAGCACCAUAGCAGCAUAGUCCGAUCGCCGCCGCGCUUCCCUUCGCUCCAAAAACAUAGUCCCGGCGCCAAAAGUGGCGAGCAGCCGCGCCAGGAAAUAAAAUACCGAGUCUCUGAUGAUCUCAUUCCCCGGACUAGGACAUGUUCCAGUCCGACCACGCCUGCGCCGCCUUCCACGCCGCGUCCAGGGCCAUCUGCGGCGGCCCCGUCUACGUCAGCGACUUCCUCAGCAGCCACGACUUCGCCUUGCUCAGGCGGCUCGUCUUCCCCGACGGCACCGUGCCCAGGUGCCUGCACUAUGCUCUCCCCACCAGACUGCCUCUUCAAAAAUCCGCUCUUUGAUCAGCAGGCUGUCCUCAAGAUUUGGAACCUGAACAAGUUUGGAGGGGUCAACUGCCAGGGAGCAGGGUGGGACCCGGUGGAGCACCGUGUCCGAGGCUACUCACACUGCUACAAGCCAGUCUCCGGCAAUGUCCAGCCUGCCGACGUUGAGUGGGGCCAGAGGGAAGACACGUCGGCCAUGGUAAAAGCUGCAUCAUACGCUGUCUACCGAUGCCAAACCGAGGAGUUCCUCCUGAUGACACCAGGUUCAGAACCCAUCCAGUUCACCCUCCAGCCAUCGUCCUUUGAGCUCUUCACGUUUGCUCCGGUCACAACCAUCGUCGGUGGUGCCGCCAAAGCAUGCUUUGCGCCGAUCGGGCUGGUUGACUUGCUAAACUGUGGAGGCGCCAUCGUUGAUGUUGAGCACAGCAGUGGAAGCGAGGUGAGGGUGAAGGUGAAGGGUGGAGGACGGCUGCUGGUGUACUCUGAUGUGGAACCAAAGAAGAGCCUGUGGAUGGCUGUGAGGCUGAAUUUGAAUGGGAAAAUGGCGGGAAGCUGUUGGUCGAUGUGA